AUGAAAGCCCUUGUAUACCGUGGCAAAAACACGAUCAAGCUCGAGGACAAGCCCAAGCCAGAGAUCCAAGACGCUACUGAUGCCAUAGUCAAAAUCGUCCAUACCACCAUCUGCGGCUCCGACCUGCACAUCCUUCAAGGUCACGUACCAACAUGCAAGGAAGGCGUCACCAUUGGCCACGAAGGCGUUGGGGUUAUUGAAGACGUGGGAAGCGCGGUCAGGGCCUUUAAGUCCGGAGAUAGGGUUCUGAUCUCAUGCAUCACCAGCUGUGCCAGCUGCACGAUGUGUAAGAACGGCAUGUACAGUCAUUGUGAGAAGGGAGGCGGGUGGAUCCUUGGGCAUACGGUCGAUGGCACGCAGGCUGAGUAUGUAAGAAUCAAGCUCGCCGAUGCCAGUCUUCAUCAUGUUCCAGAAGGGGUGGAUGAGAAAGCCUUGGUGAUGUUGAGCGAUAUUGGACCCACGGGCUACGAGGUCGGCGUACUUGCGGGCAAUGUGAAGCCUGGCAAAUCGGUAGCGAUCGUGGGGACGGGACCAGUGGGGUUGAGUGCACUGCUGACGGCCAAAUUGCUGUCACCAUCUAUUCUGAUUGCUGUGGACAAGGACGCCGGUCGUUUGGAAGCUGCCAGGAAGAUGGGAGCCGACCACGCUAUUGACGCCAGUUCCGAUGUGAAGGCGAAAGUCAUGGAACUAACGAAUGGAAGAGGGUGCGAUGUCGUUAUAGAAGCUGUCGGCAUCCCCGCGUCCUUUGAGCUUUGCCAGGACUUGAUUGCUUUCGGCGGUAACAUCGCCAACAUCGGUGUGCACGGAGCACCGUGUCAGCUACACAUUGAGAAGUUGUGGGGAUACAAUAUCGCGAUAACUAUGGGGUUUGUCAACACUACCUCGACAGAAACACUGUUGAAGAUGUUCCAAGCCGGCACUCUGAAUUUGAAGCAAUUGAUCACUCAUGAAUUCAAUUUGCAAGAGGAUGGGGAGAAAGCAUACGAGACAUUCGGUGCAGCAGCACAGCACAAGGCGCUGAAGAUGAUCAUGAAUACUUCGUAG